AUGGAACAAAGAGCGGUCAUUAAAUUCAACGCAAAGCUUGGUAAAAGUGCAUCGGAAACAUUCCGGUUGAUGCAGCAAGUGUACGGUGACGCUUGUUUAAGUCGGUCAAAUGUUUUCGUGUGGCACAAACGAUUUUUACAUGAUAGAGAGUCGCUAGAAGAUGACGAACAUACGGGAAGGCCAAUUUUAAUCCGAAAACCAGAAGCGGUUGAAAAAGUAUGCGAUUUUGUUGCAAAUGAUCGCAAUGCUUCACUGAAAAUGAUGGAAGAGGCUCUGAACAUCAACCGAGUGACGAUUGGAACCAUUCUUCACGAGGAUUUGCACAAAACAAAAGUCUGUGCUAAAUUUGUUCCACACACUUUGACGGAUGAACAAAAAUCAAUUGUUACGGGUGAUGAAACAUUGUGCUUUCAAUAUGAUCCAGAAACCAAGCGUCAAAGUGCGGAAUGGAGGUCGAAACAUUCACCACAAGCCAAAAAAACACGAAAAGUGCCUUCAAAAAUCAAGGCAAUGCCCAUCGCAUUCUUCGAUAGUAAAGGAAUUAUCCAUAAGGAAUUCGUUCCACCUGGUCAAACAGUUACUGGCGACUAUUAUCUCGAAGUUUUGAAGCGUUUGAUGGGCAGAAUUCGUCGUAUCCGUCCCGAAUAUCAAGAUCCAGAAAGUUGGUCGCUGUUGCACGACAACGCGCCAUCUCACAAUUCAUUAAUUGUUCGUAAAUUUUUGGCCCGAAAUCAAGUUUGUGUGCUUAAUCAUCCGCCAUAUUCACCUGAUUUGGCUCCGUGCGACUUUUCUUUAUUUCCAAAAUUGAAAUUAAAGUUGAAAGGAUGCUUUUUCGAAGACAUUCCGACCAUCCAAACAGCUUCAACACGGGCACUAGAGGCAAUACCACAAAAUGAGCUGGAUCAUGCAUUUGAAUCACUUUUGAAUCGUUGUAACAAGUGUAAUGAAGCAAGAGGAGAUUAUUUUGAAUAA